AAGCCUAGAGUAGAUCAGUGGGAGGAGAAGUCAGCUGAGAGCCCAGUGUAUUCACAGUGAAUCAGUGCUAGCCUGCACUUGCCUAGUGCCUUUCUCAAUGAUGACAAUUCUAAAGCUCUGCUAGGACCAAGGAUGCAGGCAUGCAGCUAUUAGACACAGUGUAUUUCAAAGCAGUAACACAGCAUUGCUAGUGCUGUCUGAGCCUGUACCACCACUGCUUUGUGAGCAGGACUUCAAUGAGGAGCUGACCCCAUUAAGAAUAAAGUGUCAGGAGCACAGCUGUAGCCCACCUUGCUUAGCAGAAAUGAGAACUGUGGGCAGACAAGGAGUGCUGGUCAUUUUCUGGAGUGUCUGUUGUCAUUUUGCACAUUGCCAGAAUAUUGUAAAUUCUCUGGACGGCCAAAAGCCCGUGCAAACUACAGGUUACAGUUUGUGUUCUGAUGGGAUGACUACCUUAGGAUAUUACAAUGGAUCCAUCUCUGUAACUGAGUCUGGGGCAGAUUGUCUGAAUUGGACAUAUUUUCCUGACUAUAUUCAGCUCUAUCCAGGUCAUGGGUUGGGGGACCAUAACUACUGCAGGAACCCUGAUGGAGGGGUUCUUCCCUGGUGCUUUUAUCGGCAAACCUCAGGGGUAAUCAGCUGGGCUCACUGUGAUUGCAGUCAUGGUGCUCUUCGACUGGUUCGUGGUAAGUCUAAUGAAGAAGGUGAAGUAGAGUUGUAUCUAAACGGGCUCUGGGGUACCAUAUGUGCCAAUCAUUGGACCGACUGGGACGCAACUGUGGUCUGCAGGCAGCUUGGAAUCAGUGAAAUUGGCACGGCGAGGAAGAGCAUUGGUUUUGGUUCUCUAAUGAACUCGGUCCACCUGCAAGCUGCAAACUGUCGAGGGGAUGAGAAGGCUCUGCUGCACUGCAGUUACGUCCCGGCACUGAACAAGGAAUGCAACUAUGGAUCAAUUGCUGCAGUUACCUGCUCUCCUCCUGAAGGUCUGACACCCCCGAUUAGGCUGGUGGGAGGGAAGGAACGGUUUGAAGGUCGAGUGGAAAUUUUUUAUCAAGGAAGGUGGGGAACAGUUUGCGAUGAUCACUGGGAUGAUAAGGAUGCAGAAGUUAUCUGUAGACAACUGAGUUUAAGUGGCAAGCCAAAAGCUUUGGUCUGGGCUCAUUAUGGUAAAGGAUCUGGUUCCAUACUCCUGGAUGAAGUUGAGUGUUUAGGAAAUGAGUCAUCUCUGGACUUGUGCCAGAAGAACGAAUGGGGGCAUCACAACUGUGACCAUAUUGAAGAUGCCGGAGUUUCUUGUGAUCCCUUUACUGAUGGCUUAGUCAGAUUAUUUAGAGGAAGCAAUGCUGGUGAAGGUCUGGUCCAAAUAUACUACAAAGGUGACUGGGGGUCCGUAUGUGAUGAUGGAUGGACAGUACUUAAUGCACAGGUGAUCUGCAGACAGCUUGGAUUCAGUGGUCCUUCUAUUGUGGCAUCAAAGGGAGAGUUUGGCCCAGGUGAAGGCUUCAUAUUUUUGGAUGAUGUCGUCUGCACAGGUCUGGAGCAUUCUAUUCUGGAAUGUUCACAUAGUAGCUGGGGUCAACAUGACUGUUCUCAUUCUGAAGAUGUUGGAGUAAAAUGUACAAAUGACAACAAUGAGAUCGUGGAAGAGCCCACUGGACCUCCUGUUCGAUUGGUGGAUGGAGAAAACACGAAGGAAGGCAGAGUGGAGGUUUUCCUCGAUGGCGAAUGGGGCAGUGUAUGUGAUGAUGGUUGGACAGACAAUGAUGCAGUUGUGGUGUGCAGACAGCUUGGUUACAGAGGUCUUGCCAAAGCAAGAACAAUGGCAUAUUUCGGUGAAGGACAAGGACCGAUUCACCUGGAUAAUGUAGAUUGCAGCGGGUCCGAAAACACCUUGGCAGAAUGCAACAAGCAGGACAGUGGAAUACAUAAUUGCUGGCACAAUGAAGAUGCUGGAGUUAUAUGUGACUACAAAGAGAAGAAAGUCAUCCAAAAAAAGAAUACAGGUAUAUCCGCAGUGUGUGGAAUCAGUCCUCUUCUUCAACGCAAGAAAAGAAUUGUUGGUGGAACCAAAUCAAUAAGGGGCAGUUGGCCAUGGCAGGCUUCAUUGAGGCUAAAGGGAUUCCCGAAAGAGUCUCGGUUACUGUGCGGUGCAACACUGAUAAGCAAUUGUUGGGUUCUAACAGCGGCUCACUGUUUCAAGAGGUUUGGUGUACAAGCCCAUCGCUACUCUGUUAGAGUUGGGGAUUACCACACUGGAGUGGAAGAUGAAUUCGAACGAGAGCUUCUUGUGCAGAAGAUUGUAAUUCAUAAGAACUACCAUUCGGGAAGCAUUGACAAUGAUAUUGCUCUAAUCAGAGUAAAGGGCAGGGAUGGGCACUGUUUGCCAUUCACUUACCAUGUCCUACCAAUAUGUCUGCCUGAGAAGAAGGAAAAGUCUGUCCAUCGGAAGACAUGCUUCAUUACUGGAUGGGGAGACACAGGAACAUCUUAUUCUCGGACGCUUUUGCAAGGUGAGGUUUCUCUUCUUCCCAAGGAGUCUUGUAUUUUGCAAUAUAAAGGCAAAUUUACAAGUCGGAUGAUCUGUGCUGGAAAUCUCUCGGAAGACCAACGGGUGGACAGCUGUCAAGGAGAUAGUGGAGGUCCUCUCAUGUGCCAAAGGCCAAAUGGACAAUGGGUAAUUGUAGGAAUAACAUCUUGGGGGUACGGAUGUGGACGAAAAGGCUACCCUGGAGUGUAUACCAACAUUAGUAAAUAUAGCUCUUGGAUAAAAAAGGUGGCAAAAUUGAAAUGAGAGACUGCAAUGUUAAUCCUCCACACAUAUGAGCCAUGCAAAGUAUUUUACCACAAAUAUAAUUUGUGAGCAAUAAGAGCUCUCCUACAUGCCUUAAGUUUCAGUUCUUGUGCUUUACUAUAAGGAAAACAAACCUGUGAAAAGGUCAUUAUUUGAGUGAGCAUUUGACUUCAGAACAUAGACCUACUACUUGGAAAACCUACACAUGGGUCAAUUAUUUUAGGCUGUGAGCAAGAUGUUUCCUUUUCUUAACUGGAAAAACCCACAGAAAGAACUGCAUAGGGUUAUAUUGUGUUUUUAAUGCAUGCUGACACAAAGGACUAAGUCUCCUUUGUCAAAGUAGAGAUAAUUUCAUGCAUUCUAAAAUCAAAACAUAUGAACAGAACUUUGUUGCAACAAAAACUGUGACAUUAAUUAAGAACCAACAGAACAAGUACAUUUACAGUGAACAUUUCACAUCUUGUGCCAAUUGUCAAUUAGAAAAGGUCAACCCAAUAGCUUGUUCGGGGUCACUAAUUUGUUAAGAACUUCUUGUGAAGGAUAUAUCAAUGUCAAAGAACACUCUAAACUAUGGUCCAAAUUCUAAUCCCCUAGACACAAUAUGAAGCAAAUAGGUAGAAUUGCUUAAGAUUCCAGGAGUUCUGAAAAGGGUCAUCACAAUUUGUUUUUAUAAUAAUCAGUGGAGAUAGUUGUAAUA